AUGCUGCUACAGAGCUCCACGUGUCCAAUUCCAGACUGAGAGAAAUAGAAAGUAUCAAUGCAGCACAAAAGUUUGAAAAUGAGAGACUGAAAAAAGUUUGUAGUGAUUUAGAAGAAAAGCAUGAAGCAGCAGAGCUUCAAAUAAAGCACCUAUCUCUAGCGUACCGAAAUCAGCUUCAACAGAAAGAGGUGGAAAUCAGCCAUCUAAAAGCAAGACAGAAUGCACUACAGGAACAACUGCAGAAAGUACAGAUGGCUGCUCAGUCAGCACAGUCAGGAGCUGGGGUUUUGCCACCAGCCACUACGUCAGCUUCGUACGUUCCAGCGGUCAGGCACUCCUCAGGUUUUGAAGGAGAUGGCAUGGAUUUCGGAGAUAUAAUCUGGUCACAACAAGAAAUAAACAGAUUGUCCAAUGAGAUUUCCAGGCUUGAAUCUGAGGUUGACCACUGGAGGCAAAUAGCACUGUCUUCCAAAGUGCAAGGGACACACAAUGCUGAACAAAAUGAAAUAUGUAAACUGCAAAACAUUGUGAAGGAGCUCAAGCAGAAUUUAAGUCAAGAAAUAGAUGAACAUCAACAUGAGCUUUCAGUGUUGCAGGAUGCACACAGACAAAAGCUGGUAGAGAUAAGUCAUCGACACCGAGAAGAGCUGAGUGAAUAUGAAGAGCGAAUUGAAGAACUUGAGAAUCAGUUACAGCAAGGUGGUGUGAGUGCUGAUGCCGUGGCUGACUCUAAAAUUAGUGAACAGAAAAAAUAUGCUCACAGUCCAGAAGGAGGAAAAGUAGAAGAGUUGCAGGUCAUAAAGGACCUAGAGGAUGAAAUAAGGAAAUUAAAUCACAAAUUGUCUUCUGCCAAAGAAGAAAACAAAAUUCUUCUAAAAGAGCAAGAAUUGGCAAAGGUAGAAAAAGUCCAAAUAACACAAGAGUAUGAAAAUCUUAAAUCUGACUUUAGAGUGCUUCAGAGUUCUGUUGCAGAACAGGAGAAGAAGCUCCAGUCAAAGACAUCACUACCAGAAGAUGUUAUCAGACUACAGCAAGCACUGUUAGAAGCAGAGAAUGAAAUAGCAAGACUUUCAAGUUUAAAUCAGGAGGGAUUUGAGAAGGAACUGACAAGUGCACAACAUAAAAGUGAGAAUAUUGUUUCUGCAUAUGCUGAGAAUCAGAAUUUGGAAUUAAGUCAGUUAAGACAAGAUUUGGAAAGGAAAGAACAUGAAUUAAAUGAAAGUAUUGCUGAAAGAGAAACAUUAAUAGCGGAACUGGAAGAACUGGACAAGCAGAAUCAAGAAGCUACUCAGCAUAUGAUUACACUGAAAGAUCAACUGUCAAAACAGCACACAGAAACGGAAAGUGUCAUCAAACAGCUGAAGUUUGACAUAGAUUUUGAAAGAAAGAAAGUAUCAGAGUUAGAAACUGAGAAGAUAGAAACUAUUAAGGAGCUAAAUAGUCAGAAAGAAAAACUAAGCCAAUGUUCAUAUGCACUUAAUGAUCUGCAUGUAAGUAAGCAGCAGCUUCAAGGUAAUAUUAAAGAUCUUCAGGAACAGUUAAGAAAAGCCCAGGACUGUAAUUUGCGUAAUAAAGGAGAAAUCAGAGAAUUGCAGCAGAGACUAAAAGAAAGAGAGGAGGAACUUUCUGUGUCCUUGAGCAAGUUAGCAGAAAAAAAUAGCCAGGAAUCUAACUCCACUUGUCAAGAUCUGAUUCUGAAAGAAAGAGAAGUAGAAAUUGCAAAACUACAGAAUGAUGUUUCAGAAAAUAAAGAACUAAAUGAAGACUUGGAGAAAUCUCUGUCUAAUCUCAGAACAGAAAAUGGAAAGCUGAUAGCAGCCAUUGAAGAACUAAAACAGGAGUUAAGUGAUGCCAUUUCAGAGAAAAAUAAAGUUCACUUGGAAAAAGACACUGUUGUGGAGGCUUUGAAAAUGGAAAAAAGACAGUUAGAGAGUGAGUUAAACCAGACAGAAAAGCGGCUUUUGGAACAAGCACAUAAGUAUAAGCAAACUAUUGAGGAGUUAUCAAGUGCCCGCAGUAUGGAUACCACUGCACUGCAGCUUGAGCAUGAGCGCCUCGUGAAACUCAAUCAGGAGAAAGACUUCAAGAUUGCUGAACUUAACAGGAGUAUUGAGCAGAUGGAAGUGGAUCAUCAAGAAACAAAAGAGAUGUUGACUACUACCUUAGGAGGACAAAAGCAGUUGACAGAACUCAUGAAAGAAAAAGAGGUAUUUAUUGAAAAAUACAAAAAUCAGGCCUUUCAGGUGAAGCAGGAGCUUGAGGAAUAUAUUAAACUUUCUAAAAAGCAGGAUGUAUUAAAGCAGAACUUGGAGGAAAAGGACAGAUAUCUUGCAGUCAUGAAGGAAGAAAAUAAUCAUCUGAAAGAAGAAAUCGAGCGCCUUAAGGAUCAGCAAAGUAGAUCUACACCUGUAGUUGAGCCUAAAACUCUAGAUAUUAUUAUUGAACUUGAAAGUGAGGUAACACAGCUAAAAGUAAUAAAGAGUAAUCUUGAAGAAGAAAUAGAAGUUCACAAAAAAACAAUAGAAGAUCAGAAUCAAACAACAGCGCAACUUCGGCAGUCUUUACAGGAGCAGAGAAAGGAGAUAGAUGAGUCUAAAUUUAAGUGUGAGCAAAUGAAUGUCACACAUGAAAGACUUUCUUUAGAGAAAGAUGAGGAAAUCAAAAAUUUGCAGAAAACGAUCGAACAAAUUAAAACUCAGUUGCACAAAGAGAGACAGAUUAUUGAGACCGAUUCCUCUGAUCUUUUUCAGGAAACUAAAGUGCGGACUCUUAAUGGAGAAAAUGGAAAUGAAAAACAUGACUUAUCUAAAGCUGAAAUUGAAAGACUGGUAGAAGGUAUCAAAGAAAGGGAGAUGGAGAUUAAGCUUCUAAAUGAAAAGAAUGUUUCUCUGAGUCAGCAAAUUGAUCAGUUGUCUAAAGAUGAGGUUGGCAAGCUUACUCGGAUCAUUCAAGAGAAGGAUUUAGAGAUACAAGCUCUCAGUGCUAGAGUUUCCUCAGCUUCAUAUAGGCAGGAUGUUCUUUCUCUUCAGCAGCAGCUGCAAGCUUAUGUUAUAGAAAGGGAACAAGUACUAGCAGUUCUGAGUGAAAAGACAAGAGAAAACAGCCAGUUAAAGACAGAAUAUCGUAAUAUCAUGGAUAUGGUUGCUGCUAAAGAAGCAGCUUUGGUAAGAUUGCAAGAGGAGAAUCAAAAGUUAUCAAAUAGGUCUGAAAACAGCAGUCAAGACAUGUCUAGAGAAACCAUUCAGAAUUUAUCUCGUAUCAUCCGAGAAAAAGAUAUUGAAAUAGAUGCUCUGAGUCAAAAAUGCCAAACCUUAUUGACUGUCUUGCAGACAUCCAGUACAGGGACUGGUAAUGGGUCAGGAGGUGUUAACAGUAACCAGUUUGAGGAACUUCUACAGGAACGUGAUAAGCUGAAACAACAAGUAAAGAAGAUGGAAGAGUGGAAGCAACAAGUAAUAACCACGGUUCAAAACAUGCAGCAUGAAUCAGCUCAUCUCCAAGAAGAGUUACACAAGCUUCAAACACAAAUUUCAGUUGAAAGCGAUAGCAAUUCAAAGUUACAGGUAGAUUAUAAUGGCUUGAUUCAGAGUUACGAACAGAAUGAGAAAAAGCUGAAAAGUUUUAGUCAGGAACUGGCACAAGUUCAACAUAGCAUAGGACAGCUUCAUAGCACCAGGGAUCUUCUCCUGAGUAAGCUUGAUUUGGUAACACCAUCUGUAGCAGUGCUUUCCACCAUGUCACAGCUUUCGGGCAUCCAAUACAGCGCUCCAGUAGUACUCAGUGAUGAGUCUAAACUCCUUCAACAGGAAUUGGAACAACUGAAAAAAAAGUUGCAAGAAAAAGAUUCAACUAUUAGGACUCUUCAGGAAAACAAUCAACAAUUAUGUGAUUCUGUGGCUACAGCAUCAGAGGUUGAAAGAAAGAGUCAGGAAGGGACUGAGUCAGAGAUGAGGCAAAUCAGAGAAAAACACGAUGUCUUACAGAAAUCGCUUAGGGAAAAAGACAUCUUAAUUAAAUCUAAAAGUGAUCAGUUACUUUCUGUGAGUGAAAAUCUUAGUAACAAAGAAAAUGAAAAUGAACUUUUGAAGCAAGCUGUGACUAAUCUUAAAGAAAGAAAUUUAGUUUUAGAACUGGAUAUUCAAAAACUGAAAGAAGAAAAUGAAAAAAUAAUUGCAAGGGGUAGGGAAAAAGAAACAGAAUUCCAAGCACUUCAGGAAACUAAUAUGCAAUUCUCAAUGAUGCUGAAAGAGAAGGAGUUUGAGUCUCACUCAAUGAAGGAAAAAGCUCUUGCUUUCGAGAAGCUAUUGAAAGAAAAAGAACAGGGCAAGACAGGAGAAUUGAAUCAACUGUUAAAUGAAGUUAAAUCAAUGCAAGAAAAGGCUGUUACUUUUCAACAGGAGAGAGACCAAGUCAUGGUAGCACUCAAACAGAAACAAAUGGAGAGCAGUGCCCUGCAGAGUGAGAUACAGCAUUUGCGUGAGAAAGAGCAGCGCCUGAAUCGGGAACUGGAGAGAUUACGUAAUCACCUUUUAGAAAUGGAGAACUCCUACACACAAGAAGCUUUAGCUGCGGAAGACAGAGAGGUCAAGCUAAGAAAGAAAGUUUUUAUUUUGGAAGAAAAGCUUGUGUCCUCAUCUACUGCAGUGGAGAAUGCCAGCCAUCAAGCUAGUUUGCAAGUUGAAUCUUUGCAAGAGCAAUUAAAUCUGGUUUCGAAGCAGAGAGAUGAAACCGUGCUACAGCUCACCGUCGCUCAGGACCAAGUGAAGCAGUAUGCGCUGUCACUGGCCAACCUGCAGAUGGUACUAGAGCAAUUCCAACAGGAAGAAAAAGCUAUGUAUUCAGCAGAGCUUGAGAAACACCAAAAACAGACUGCAGAAUGGAAGAAAAAAGCAGAAAGCUUAGAAGAAAAAGUUGCAUCACUGCAGGAAAGUUUAGAAGAGGCAAAUGCCGCACUGGAUGCGGCAUCAAGGCUUACUGAGCAGCUUGACAUCAAAGAGGAGCAGAUUGAAGAGCUUAAGAAAGAGGGUGAGAUCAGAAGAGAAAUGUUAGAAGAUGUACAAAAUAAACUAAUGAAUCUUAUGAACAGCACAGAAGGAAAAGUGGACAAGCUCCUGAUGAGAAAUCUCUUUGUUGGACAUUUUCAUACUCCAAAAGAUAAACGUCCUGAAGUCCUAAGAUUAAUGGGAAGUAUCUUGGGAGUAAAAAAGGAAGAACUCGAUCAGUUAUUAUCUGAAGACCAAAGAGGAGUUACGAGAUGGGUGACUGGCUGGCUUGGUGGAGGAGCUGGGUCAAAGAGUGUCCCUAAUACACCUUUGAGGCCAACUCAUCAGACCAUUUUUAAUAGUUCUUUUUCAGAAUUGUUUGUGAAAUUCCUUGAAACAGAAUCUUGUCCAAGCCUUCCUCCACCCAAGCUCUCUGUUCAUGAUAUGAAACCUUUAGGAGCAGCAGGAACUGGUAAAACCAGCAAUACUCCAUCCAACAGUCAAAUGCAAGAUUCUGCAUUCUCAGGAAUGAGCAGAAGACCAGAUACAAACCCAUUUCUAGCACCUCGAUCUGAAGCAGUGCCUCUCAUAACACCUGCCACUGGUUCUGGACAUCUGCUUAUGAAACCUAUUUCUGACGUGCUGCCUACUUUUACACCACUGCCAGUGUCCCCUGAUGCCAGUGCUGGUGCUGUUCUAAAAGACCUUCUAAAACAAUAG